CUCCUCUUUAGAAAGGUCAAUCUGGUGACCCACAGUAGCUGCUCAAGAAACAGGUUUUGCGGUAGUCUAGGAGAGCCUGAAUCAAAGAAAAUACAGUCAAGGACAAAAAAAUUGGAUGUGGUGAUGGACAAGAAAAAGAUACCAAGAUAAUUCCAAGGAUCUGAACAAGUGUGUAUCAGUAUCAGUGACUGAAUCCCUGACCACACCCCUACUGCUCCCUACAGCUCCCGACCCUGGAGAGAUUGUUAAAAUUUAGGUUGCUGGUGCUCCACCCCAAGAGUUCCUGAGUCAGUAAAUUUGAGGGUAGAGCCUAAUAAUUUCCAUUUGACAAGUAUGCAAAGGCUGGUGCUGCUGGCGAGAGGACCACACUUUUAGAACUACUGCCUUACAGUAACUGCUUAUUUUGCUAAAGCUUCAGACAUGUCUUUGUUAGACCAGCAGGGGGAGACAGGUGUAAAAUUUAUCCUCUAAAAAUAAACUGCCGUAUAAUACUAAAGCUCCUUGGAGUUAUGAUGUUGCCCUGAAGACUUCUGAGCUAUUUUGGAGAGCAGCAUGUAAGUUGGCAUCAGAAAAGAAAAGGAGUGGAGUAUGGUCCUGCUGCCAUUAGAGAAGCUGGCUUGAUGAAAAGACUCUCCAAUUUGGGCUGCCGCCUAAAAGAUUUUGGAGAUUUGAGUUUUACUCCAGUCCCUAAAGAUGAUCUGUACAACAACCUGAUAGUGAAUCCUCGCUCAGUGGGCCUUGCCAACCAGGAACUGGCUGAGGUGGUUAGCAGAGCCGUGUCAAGUGGCUACAGCUGUGUCACAGUGGGAGGUGACCACAGCCUGGCAAUCGGAACCAUUAGUGGCCACGCCCGGCACUGCCCAGACCUUUGUGUGAUCUGGGUUGAUGCCCAUGCUGACAUCAAUACACCCCUCACCACUGCAUCUGGAAAUCUCCAUGGACAGCCAGUUUCAUUUCUCCUCAGAGAACUACAGGACAAGGUACCACAACUCCCAGGAUUUUCCUGGAUCAAACCUUGUAUCUCUUCCCCAAGUAUUGUGUAUAUUGGUCUAAGAGAUGUGGACCCUCCUGAACAUUUUAUUUUAAAGAAUUAUGAUAUCCAGUAUUUUUCCAUGAGAGACAUAGAUCGACUUGGUAUUCAGAAGGUCAUGGAACAGACAUUUGAUCUGCUAAUUGGCAAAAGACAAAGGCCAAUCCAUCUGAGUUUUGAUAUUGAUGCAUUUGACCCUACCCUGGCUCCAGCCACCGGAACCCCUGUUGCAGGGGGACUGACCUAUCGAGAAGGCAUGUAUAUCACUGAGGAAAUACAUAAUACAGGGCUGUUGUCAGCACUGGAUCUUGUUGAAGUCAAUCCUCAGCUGGCUGCUUCAGAGGAAGAGGCCAAGGCUACAGCUAGCCUGGCAGUGGAUGUGAUUGCUUCAAGUUUUGGGCAGACAAGGGAGGGAGGGCACAUUGUCUAUGACCAACUUCCUACUCCCAAUUCACCAGAUGAAUCAGAAAGGGAAGAACGUGUGAGAAUUUAGGAAAUUUUGUGUGCUGACACGUUUGUCACGAAGGACAUUCCAGAAUUAUGAGGCAUUUGAGACACUAAAUGGUCUGGGUCAAUAUUGCCUUAAUGAGAACACUUGCACAUUCUCACAAUUGUAAAGUUUCCUUUCCCUCUCCAUUUUGGUGACCAAUAAUACUACUGUAAAUUUGUGUGUUUUUUGGGAGUUCACAGGGUAUUAAUGUUGGAAUACUAUGUAAAUUUAAAGAAGUCAUAAACAGCAUUUAUUAUUA